GGGCCGGUGGCGGCGAUGGGUGCGCUCCGCUCCGCGCCCGCCAUGGCCGCCCGCAGCCCCCGGGCCCUGCUCGCCCUCGGCCUGGCCCUGGCCGCCGCCGCCGCCGCCGCCGCCCCCGACCCGUUCUCGCCCCAGCUCGGAGACACCGCCGGGUGCCGCGGGCAGUGCGGCCGCAGCCUCCCGCACCGCGCCGCCGCCGAUGCUGUUCUCAACGCCUGUUACCGGGGCUGCCGGCUGUUCUCCAUCUGUCACUUCGUGGAUGUGAGCGCCGAGCUGAACACAACCAGGGCCGAGUGUGAGGCAGCCUGCACUGAGGCCUACAGCAGCGCAGAGGAGCAGUUUGGCUGCGUGACCGGGUGCCGCAAGCAGCUGCCCGAGGUGGAGAGCAGGAAGGAGAAGAGCCUGGAGCUGAAGGUGCCAGCAUUCUCCAUGCUCGAUUUGGUCUCCACCUUCUGCAACGACAUCGUCAGCUCUGCCCAGAGCUUCAUCUCCUCCACUUGGACCUUCUACCUGCAGGCAGACGAUGGCAAAGUCGUGGUGUUCCAGUCCCAGCCGGAGAUGGAGUAUCCAGUCCUUGCGGUGCCGGAGACCCAGCCAGCGCAGCCAGGACCGGGACCUGGUCCCCAUGUCCCCCAGCCCCACACAGGCCCCCGGGGGAAGGGGGAGAAGCCCCCGGUGAAGGAGCCAAGGGGCAAAGCCAAGGGGCAGCACCCGGAGCCGCCGCCGCCGGAGCACGACUUCCUGGGCUGCAUGUCCAAGCGCUCGGGCCUUCCUCGCUGGAUCCUGGCCGCCUGCCUCUUCCUCUCCAUCAUGGUGAUGCUGUGGCUGAGCUGUGCCAGCCUGGUGACUGCCCCCGAGCAGCACGUCAAGACACAGCCUCUGAGCAUCAAUGGGGACAAGGAGUACCUGGAGGACCUGGAUGGCCCCAGCGCCUUCCCCCUGCCGCCCGUCAUCGCCGUCACCCUCUGCCCCGAUCACGGUGGCGAGGAUGCGGGGCCGCUGCCCCUCAAAGUCGACCUGGACAAGACCAUCCUGUAGCGCUCCCACCCCUUCCCGUCCCCUCUGUCACCAUCCCCAUGGCAUCAUCCCAGGUCCUGCUCCGCUGCCCCAUGUCCCAGCUCCCGGAGGAGCAUCUCUGGCUCUGGCACGGGGAGAGCCUGGCUCGGUCCCACUCCCAUCCCCAGGGAUGGCCACUGGGAGCCAGGCGGGGGCUGUCCCUGCUCCGUGGCUGUGCUGGUUGCUGGGAUCCCGGUUUCCAGCACUCGGGAGCCAAGAGCGGAGCUGCCAGAGCGGGGAGGCCGGAGGAGCCCGUUCCGGUGACGGGGAGGUCCGAGCCCUCCCGACCGGAGCCCCCCGGGCCCCCUCCGGGCACGGGUCCAGCGCUGGGCAGGAGGGAGCCGGCUGCGGUGGGGGAUGGAGAGCGCCUGCAGCGCUCUGGGCUUUGGCUCCGCACAUCCCCGGCCUCCCACCUUGGGCUGAGCCUCCAAGGCGCCGUCUCCGAGCCCUGGGAACCCCCUUCCGCCGGCCGGAGCCGAUUGCCUCGGGGAGCCGAAACGUGGCGAAUGGAUUUGGCGUUGGCAGCCGGCGAGGGGAGCGGAUCCCGCAGCAUCCGUGCCCACGCGAGGACCCAGCCGGCCCCUUCCCCUCCCUGCUCCGUGAUGCCGCGGUGGC